GUGAGUUCUCCAGCAACACAUCAGUGAUGGAGCAGCGUCUGUUUGUACUCCUGCUUUUCACAGGAGUCCUUCCCUUCGUCCUGUCUGUCACUCGUAAGUACUAUCUGAUCCAGCAGGGGAAAACAUGGAGUGAUGCUCAGGCUUACUGCCGAGCCACAUACACUGACCUGGCUACCAUCAACAGUACCGACAACAUGGUCAAACUUCAGGAUGAAGCAAAGACACAACAAUUCAGUUCCAGUGCUUGGAUUGGACUGUACACUAACAUCAACAGCUGGCACUGGUCCUUCAAAAACGAGCCGCUGGGAGGUUUUACAGCCUGGAAAAGCACAGAGCCUAACAACCUGUUGCGAAAUGAAGGAUGUGUUUUUAUAUGGCAGGAGACAUGGUAUGAUGCACCAUGUGACUAUCCAUUUAGCUUUGUGUGCUAUGAUGGUGAGGAACAACAUUUUAUUCACAGGAAGACUGGCACUGACAGCUACAUUUUAAUCUCUGAGGCUAAGACGUGGUAUGAAGCUCAGAGCUACUGCAGGCAGCAGCACACAGACCUGGCCAGCGUGAGAAGCGCAACAGAAAACUCAGUUGUAGGAGGAAUUAUCUAUGAGGGUUCGAUUUGGAUUGGCCUCACCAGAGACCCCUGGAAAUGGUCAGACCAGACCACCAACGUGUCCGUCAUUACAUGGUCACGUGGAAACACUGAUGAUUACUUGAUGAAUAAAAGUUGUGGCUGCUUAAAUGGUGGUGUGGCUGAUGUAGCGCAGUGCUCAGACAUCAUGCCUUUCUUCUGUUACUGUGAGUUGAAAUUAAAUUCAGUCUCAUAUUUUGGCUAA